CCGCGUCGUGAUUGGCCGAGCCGCCUCACGCGAGCGAGUGAACCAGCGAGGAUGGAGGGAAGGGAGGGUGUUAGAGGUUGACCGCGAGUAACCCCGGCGGCUCGAGCCGCCCCGCGCGACCUUUCUCCUCCCUCGGCGGCGCGCGCUCUCUCUUUCUGUCUCUCUCUCUCUGACUCCCCCCCCCCUCCUCCUCCUUUUUUUUUAAAAAAUUCCAAGAUGGCGGCGCUGAGCAAAUCCAUCCCCCACAACUGCUACGAGAUCGGGCACACCUGGCACCCGGACUGCGGGAGGGCCUUCGUGCACAUCACCCAAGGGGCCCUGGCCGAGUCGCUCCGCAUCUACGGCACCCUCUACCUGAUUGCUGCAAUUCUGCGAAAGAGAAAACUUGAUUAUUAUGUACACAAACUGCUCCCUGAAAUCCUGCAAUCAACAUCUUUUCUGACAGCAAAUGGAAGUCUAUACAUUGCAUUUUUCUGCAUUUUACGGAAGAUCCUGGGUAAAUUCUAUUUUUGGACCCCUGGACUUGGUGCGGCUUUACCAGCUUCUUAUGUGGCUAUUCUUAUUGAGAGGAAGAGCAGGAGAGGGCUGCUUACAAUUUAUAUGGCUAACUUGGCCACAGAAGCACUAUUUCGCAUGGGAGUAUCGAGGGGAACAAUUACUCCUUUAAGACAUGGAGAGGUCCUUUUGUUCUGCGUCACAGCUGCCCUGUUUAUGUUCUUUUUCAGAUGCAAGGACGGCUUGAAAGGUUUUACAUUCUCAGCACUGAAGUUCAUUGUAGGAAAAGAAGAAAUACCCACACAUUCAUUUGCACCAGAAACAGCAUUUCUAAGAAGAGAGAGAAAAAGAAAACACCAUGAAGAAAUAAUACAGCGAAUGAACAUAAUUGCAGUAACAAAGAAAUUUGUAGACAAAGUAUGCAAACAUGGGCCGAGGCACAGAUGUUGUAAACAUUAUGAAGAUAACUGUAUCUCAUAUUGCAUCAAAGGCUUCAUUAGGAUGUUUAGCGUUGGUUACUUGAUCCAGUGUUGCCUUCGAAUCCCAUCAGCAUUCCGGCAUCUGUUUACAAAACCUUCCCGUCUGCUCUCCCUCUUCUACAACAAAGAAAAUUUCCAGCUUGGGGCUUUUCUGGGGUCAUUUGUCAGUAUAUACAAAGGUACGAGCUGUUUCUUACGCUGGGUAAGGAACCUGGAUGAUGAACUCCAUGCUCUUAUUGCAGGGUCUCUGGCAGGAAUGUCAAUGAUGUUUUACAAAAGCACUACUAUUUCUAUGUAUCUGGCUUCUAAACUAGUGGAGACCAUGUAUUUCAAAGGCAUUGAAGCUGGAAAAGUUCCGUAUUUCCCUCAUGCAGACAGUAUCAUCUAUGCUGUAUCCACAGCUAUAUGUUUCCAAGCAGCUGUGAUGGAAGUUCAGAAUCUGAGACCUUCAUAUUGGAAAUUCCUAUUACGGCUGACGAAGGGAAGGUUUGCUCUCAUGAACAGGAAAGUUUUGGAUGUAUUUGGCACUGAAGCAUCUAUGCAUUUCAAGGAUUUCAUACCUAAACUCGACCCUAGGUACACAGUUGUACCCCCCGAGAUCCCUGUUGUGCAGUCCUGGAAGUGAUCCAAGAGUCUGUGAUUACGUUGGAGGAGCUAAUUAAUCUAACAGUCAGAUAGGCUGAGGAGGGCUUACCUUCCAUGUCAGCACAGUUUCAGUGUGUUAUGCUAUUGUGCCAAUCAGAACACACUAAAACGUUAUAGAGAGGAAAGGUGUUAAUUCCACUUCUCUCAUAGUAGAAAAGUAUUUCUGCACCACUGAGACUGGUUGUCACAGUCCGAUAGAAUUUUAUAUAAAUAUAUAUAUAAAUAAAUAAAUAUAUCUCAACGAAAUAAUAUAUCAAAAAGAAAAUUUAUGAAAUCCCUGAAUGUGCAUAAAAUAAAAUUAAAAGGCUUACAUUACAUUCAUUUUAAUUCAUUCCAAUAGAUAAUUUUUUGAAAAAUGAUAUUUUUGCAUUUAGAAAAUAAAGGGUACAUGGAAAAACAUACACAUACAGAUGCUUUAUAGGUCUAAAGUUACCCUACAUUUUAUUCCCAAAGUCAAUUAUAGUGGAAAAGCUUUUCUCUGUUCUAGAUGGAUUUUUUUUAAAGAAAAAGAAAUACUUUUAUCACUGGAAACUGUUUAAAGAGGCAAUAUUUGUUGUCCUGUUUAUGACUGCACUGUUUACGUUCAGGUUUGGCUUUGAAAACUGCCUUCUUAGAGCAACAGCUCUUCUCUUAAAUCCAGUUGCACACCUUGGAUCACGUUGAAAGGGAGAGAAAAAACUUAAUUUUUUUUAGGUCUGGAUAACAUAGAUCUUAAAGAACUUAUAGAUACUUAUAUGAAUUCCAGAAAAAGGCAAGACCACCGCAAAAUGGAAUGUAGUAUUUUUUGGAUGUUGAAGUAAGUCUCACAAACAACUAGAUGAAUUUAAGAAAUGUACACAAAAAAGACUUCAGAAAAUGGGCAUGUCUUCGAAUAUGGAAUUAAAUUGUCUAAGCCUGUUACAAUGUCAGUAAUCCAAUGGCCUUCAAAAGGAAUGAAAACCCCAAUAUGUAAUAGGUGAAUAAAAAGAAUAUGGAUGCUGCUUACUUCUGAAAAUGUUCUUUGUUGAAAGUGUAACGGAUAUGAAACAGCCAUAUAUAUAAACCAAUAGGCAAAGUUAUAGCACAGGUUGGCAAUUGCUUUGGAGCCACUUCCCUCUUUUUCUGUCAUGUACCGACCAUACCUUGAUGGUCUAAUUCCAUUUCAAUAACCAGCUGAAGAUGAACUGUGGCGAAGAACUCGGCAGCAUCUGGAAGAGAAAAAGAAAACAGCAUUAUCACUUUGAGUCAUCUACUGUGCCAAAAGUUGAAAUAUCUAUAGGCAAAAAUAUCAGAAAGAUGAGCUGUAUAGUUCAGAGACUGAUUCAAUUGCUGUAUGCUGGUUUCCCCAAACCAUGUGCAUGUGUAGAUGUGCAAUAUCCUAUAUCACAUUUGCAUAUAUUUACAUACAGUGGAAUAAUUUCAUAAAAAUGAAGUUAAUAUGAUACCUGACUGACAAAAACAAACAAUAAUGUGGGAAAGAAUUUGAAUUCAUUAGAACUUUUUUCAAGGCUGAUAAGAGUAAAGUAUGUCAUUUGGAGGAAAGAUCUGGAUGCAUGAAAAUAUAACUAGAGGUUCAGAGAUAUACAUGCAUAUUGUGGUAAAGAUAUUGCUGGGUUUAAAAACUUUUAACCUUAUGUCAGUGACUGUGGUGUUACUUUAUAUCCUGCCUAGGAACAGUUCUCCCAUUCUUUUAAAAAAUUGGCAUCCAGCAUGAAUGACCAGCUCUGGAGAAUUCGAAAGCUCACUCAAAAUAUUGUGUCAUUUUAGCUGGUCCUUAUUCCAGGUUCCAUGCUGCUGUAAUUAUCUGAAUUUUUAAAAAAGAAUGGACCAAGCACCUCUGCCCAUGUUGAAUGUCUUCUCUAAUGCUGUUGACAUGUAUCUCUAAAGAGAAUGUUAAUCAUGUUAUUUGUUUUUAUUUCUUCGUGCACUAGGUUUGAUCUGUUUGCCAAACCAUUGUGAGCCCAUCUCUGCCUUUGAGGGGGUUGGGUGGAAAAGAGUCUUCUAUCUCACUCAUUGUUCAUUCGGCUUCUUUGAAUAAACUGCCUGCUGUUGGUUGCUUGUUAAAGCAAACUGAGUGGUGGCUAGAUGGCUAGAUUGUCUCUGAGUACCUUGCAGAUAGAUUACGUGUGGCCAAUGAAUUAUCUGGUCAGGAUAUCGGUGGCUCAGAGGCCCUUGCCUUAAGCCAUAGAAAAAGCACUGAUCUUAAACUCAGGGAAAUUUGACCUUGGUCCUAGUAGAAAAGAAACCCUUUUAGGGUGGGAGAAUGUAUAUCAGUGGUACCUGAUAGAAGAGCUGGGGAAGCUCUUAUAGAGAUACAAAGCUACAAUCAGCAGUGGCAAUCAUACUCAAGCUCCUUUGAGCCACAAGGCAUUUUUCUUCCUCAGAACAUCCUUGUGUAUAGACCUUUCCUCUAUGGUGAGGAGCCUGUAUACUUAGGCUUCUGGUUGCCAUCCCUUGGCUAGUGCAUUUUCGUUGAAUGGCAAACUGUCAGAAGCCUUCCCAUUUCCCUCACAGCUACAAGUAUCAAUAAUACGGCAGCAGGAUUUAAUUUUUUUUAAACUAUUUCUUAUAAAGGCAAUCUCAAAGGAAGGCAUAGAGUAUAAUGAGAUGGAAUGGAAGACGGAUCAAGGAGAAUUUCACCUGACUGGAUCCAUACCAGGCAUGGGCAAACUUCAGCCCUCCAGAUGUUUUGGUCUUCAACUCCCACAAUUCCCAACAGCCGGUAAGCUAGCUGGGAUUUCUGAGAGUUAAAGUCCAAAAUACCUGGAGGGCCAGUUUGCCCAUGCCUGAGCUAUACUAUAAUGGAAAUACCACGGCAGACAACAUCUGUUCAAAUCUCUUCAGUUCUUACAGGUGUUCAGACACUUGAGUACAGGGAGACACUUAAGAAAGAGGGCAAUUCUUUGGAAGCAUCUCUCUCUUUCUCUCUCUCUCUCUCUCUCUCAAACUCUCUCUCUCUCAAACUCUUGAGCCACUACUAAGGUCACUUACACUUGUGUAGGAGAUUGCAAAUGAAGUAACUGAAAGACUCGAUGAGCAUUCAGGCAUAACACACACUUAAGAGGAUUUUUUUUGUACAGAAAGGGGCAAAACCACUGAACCGGCCCUUCAUCUUUGGUGGCUUGAAUUCCUUCAUUUCUCUUCUGUCUGGGAAUUCUGAUAUUGGCUUACACCAGAAGAUAUUUCAGCUUGACUUGAAUGAAAUAAUGUCAGAAGUUGAAAAUUGUCACACCACAUCCUCAGAAGACAUGUCCAUUAAAACCUGAUCUCACUGCCACUGAAAGCUAUUCUUAGGGAUAUGCCUAAUUUCAGAUGAGUAAAAAAAGUCUGACAUCUCAGUCUUUUCCUGCAAACUGUGACUCUUCUCAAUCCUUUGGCAGAGGCUUACCCUUUAUACAGGACUACAGAUUGCUUCUUUUAAAAUAGCUGUUUCAGCUACACCAAAGGAGGCCUUCUACUUUAGGAUAUGCAGUAUAAUCCUAUCCCCCAUUUUUUUGGACAAAAACACCUACAAAAACAAAUGAUUCAUACAAUCACCACAUUUAUCUUAAAGGUCAGAUUAAAUAUGCGGCCUAGAAAAGGAUACACGUAAGAAGAAACAAAAGAGGAAGCACUACAGUAUUACACUACUUCUCCCUGCACUUUAGCCUUGUUAGAUACUCAUUGUAAUCAUUAUGUUCACAUCUAGUAUGCAUCUAGUAUGCAUCCUUGCCCAUUGGAAUCAAAACUGCAAGUAUGGGGAGAAAGUGUGAAUCACACACACUCAUUAAUCCCUUUAUUUGAACUCCUGAAAUGUUAUAUUGAAACCAGUGGGACUUGCCUCUGCAUUAAACAUGCUCAGAUUCUGGCGUAGUGCAUUCUGAGUUUUUGAUUAUGCUGGAACAGUGAGUUAUUCUCUAUGGGAGCUGGAAUGUCUUGAAUACUGUAUCUCAAGCAGACUGAUGUUUCUGCCUGUCAUCUUGUUCUCUUGCGUUUCAUGUUCCUCAGUGAUAACCAAUUCUAUGUACUAUAAAAAAUAAAAAUAAAAUGUAUUUUA